UGUCAGCACCGCCGCCGGUGUGAUAGUGCCCGGCAGCAAUGUCGUUGGCUCCUCAACCGCACCCACCACAUCAUCGUACCCGCUUGCCAUGGAUUGUGAUCCACCGGCGACGGUCAGCCUUGGUGGCCACCAUGCCGGCGGUUCGGCCGCGGCCCGAUAUGGAAACACCGCAGUUAGUACGUCCGGAGCGGCGCCCGCCCCAUCCCACUAUCACCGGAGUCGAUACUUAGCCCAGCAACAGCAGCAACAGCACCAGCAAGCACAACAAGGACAGCAUUUGCAAGGCUCCGCCUCGCACCUAGGUUCGUCCGCGUUGGUGGUUGGUGGCGGAGGAGGACACAAAAGCUACGCACCUGCCUCGUUACCACUCGACCUAGGCAGCCACAUGGCGUCGUCGCUGGGCGGACUGGUGAUACCGGAUCACCAUGCGCCGGCCGCCAUGUCCGGUAGCUUUCUGGCGCACAACCUCUCCAUGCCACCGGGCGGUGGUGUAGUUGGGCCGGGCAGUAUUGGCGGUAUGCCGGUGGGAGGAGCGGUCGGCUACGCACCGUUUUCGGUGAACGAAGCGAUGCUGAUGGCGGCGGCAGCGGCCAGUAGCGGCGCCGGUGGCAGCGUUGGCCCACUCGGCGGUGGUAACAGCUUGGGCGUGAUCGGUGGUCCGAUUGGUGUCGGGUCGGUUUCUACGGUCGGACCUGCGUCACUCGUCGUCGGUGGAUCAGCAGCAGCCGUUAGUGUCGGUGUCGGUGUUAGCAGUCAUCAUCUCAUCGGCGGCACCGGAAGUAGCAUUAGUAACAGUAGUAGUAGUAGUAGUAGCACCAAUGGAGGAGGAGGAGGAGGAGGCGCAGGACUAGCAGGGCCGUUAGGGAGUGGGACCGUUGGUGCGGGGUCCGGCUCGGCCAGCGGUGGUAGCAGUGUAGGUUCGGGCGGAAGCGGUAUAGUUAGCAGUAGUAGUGCGAAAGGACACGGUCGGGGGCCACCGGGCGCUCCGAGCGAUCGGGACGAAUCAUCACCUAUGGUUGGUGUUUGCGUGCAGCCGAGUCCAGUUAUCAUUCACUGACACUGAACACAGACAGACACAUAGCCCACAAGUGCAUACCUUUUUUAUGUUGUUGCUUGCAUAAACUUUGCAAAACAUACAUAGUAGGGAGGGGGAAAUCGAUGGAAGGAUACAAGGUACGUGCUCCCCCCCCCUUCCCUUUAACACACACGUUUGCUUACCACAGGAUGCUAGUAGAGCGCUGCUGAAUCCGAAUCCGUUUACAUCGCGUAUCACCUUCACUCGACUCAAACCAUGCCACGUUCCAUCUUCAUACUCAUCAGCAUUUGCCACAGCAUGUAGACAGAUGGGAGGUUGUUCUUUUUUCUUCAACAGCACAAAAUACCACUUUGCAAACCACCGCCUGCCCUGCGUGGGCAGCGGUCCAAUCACGUCCAGGCGCGAAAUCAUCAUCAAACAAGCUUCAUCCAAUCAAUCCAUUGGUAGUGAGGAAACGGGUGCGCAAUUUUGUGCGACAGUGGUGCAAUGGGUCCGAUCCACCAAUACAAUACAGCGUCGUAGACUAGUGCGUUGCGGGAAGCUUUCGGGCCAUUUUCGGCCCAGUUUCCAGCCUCCCUCUGGGGUAGCUGCUGCUGUUCCUUUACUGGCUUUGCUUUGUCUCCCAACCGACGAAUGUAUGGGGUACGGCCGCGAAUUGAUGCCAAACACAGAUGAGCCAGGUUCAGCCAGCUGUGCGCCGCAAAUUUUUGUAGGACGGCGUAGAAGAAUGUAGACACGUGCAGGCAGCCAGGGGAGCGGAGGUGUUUCGUUUUAACACAGGCUAAGAAACGGCCAGGCGUUACACAAAUAAGAUAAACAGUUUUUUGCUAAUGGUACUGCCACGGUAACAAUCGGUUUUGGAGCAACAUGCGACAAUGUACACAUACAUCCUUGUAGGGAGGGAUAGAUGAUAACAUCUGCUCGUUUUUUUAAGCGCUUAAACCAUGUGUGGUUAGGGAGAGAGCGAGCGAGAGAGAGAGAGAGAGAGAGAGAAAGAUAGAGAACGCGGUCUCUCGUGCGGUCGUUCGUUUGCGGCGUGAUGAUGCCCGCGCCAAACAGUCCAAAACGGUAAUGAUGUGUUCCGAAAGGUUUAAUGAAUUCCUAUUACUACCAAUCUCUGUGUUCUCCGGCAGGAAGUGAGCAGGAAGCUGUGCGUAUGUGUUUGUGUGUGUGCGUGUGUGUGUGUGUGCGUAUGCGUGUGUGUAUGUAUGUGGUAUGCAAUUUUCCGUGGGUUGAGGGGGAAACCGAAACUAGUGACAUAAGAUCGUGAAAGGUUUUAAUGAUGAUGAUGAUGAUGAUGAUGAUGAUGGCGCAACAUGCAUGCUCCGCUCGUAAACAGCAACGGUGUACCGGUGUGUGAACUCGGCAUUGUGUGCAUUUUUCUCUCACCACUGCUACACUGCAGAUUCAUUUCGAUUUCAAACCCUUAUUGGGCUUCGGAAAGAGCAGCAUACUAUUAUUUUAUCGGUAGAUCAGAAUUGUUUUACAUAUUCACGGCCACGGACGGAGCGAACCGCUUAGUAGCAGAAUUGAAAUAUUUUACGGAAUUGUGAAUAGUAUACGGUUCGGUUCUAGGGACUGCUACCCGAGAUGCAAGCGUGCAGCACUAACGGGCCUAGCUGCUUGUCCAUAUUGGGCUUCAGCGGUGUGGUUUUGUGAAGGAAAGUUAUUUUUUAGUGAGAAUGUUGGUCCUGACAUUCAUUUAGAAUGAAGCUUACAUUUGAAUGUGGCUUAAACACGAUGGAAUUGGUUUGAUGAAUAAAACGUUUUGCACCGGUAUACUAAUUCCCGGUGGGUGUGGAUCGAAUGGGAAUAUGAACUGUGCACUUCACGACGAAUCUGUUGCCUGUGCUACUCUGGAAGGGCGCACAGAAAUCUUAACAAAUGUUUUUUUUUUCCAUCUCGUCUUAUCUUUCGAUCGAGAGCUUGGAUGUGUUGCCAUGGUUCGUCAAAAUAAAACUCGUCGUAAUUCCGACUGGAUGAAUGCUAACCGAUCCCGGUGACUACCGGUUGUCGUCUGUUGUGAGCGGCAGGGCAGUGUGAUGCGGACGGGGGCUGUUUAGUAAAAGUGGGUGGGCUUAGGACAAGUAAGCAGCGUAAGGUUAGAAAAUUGGGAAACUUUAAAAUGCGUUUAUGGGCGGAUAGUUUUUGUCACGAUGUUUUUUUCUUCUUCUUCUUCCUGUUUCCCUGCGGCGAUCAUACAUUGAUAAUGGAAGGGAACGCGCGUUAGAAAUCAUAUGGAAAAGGAAGGGGAACUGCAAAAACAGAGCCGGCGGAAGGCAAAAAGUCUGUUUUUUUUGCACACACGGAAGGGUUUGUUGGCAUCGGUGGCGGAAAGGCGGAUGAAGCAAAUGCACGAACUCGGUGUAAAGCAUGAGAGGAACAUGAAUGUACAUAUUAACUGAUUAGCACUAAUGAUAAAUAUCAAUAAUUAAUAUAGUAAUAUUAUUAAACGAAGAAGCAGAACACGGCAACAAAACAAGGAAACCAACACAAAAAAAAACACAAAACACGGAUUGUAAAUGAAUGGCGUGUGCGGAAUAAGUCAAAACAUGGACGGUUAGAUUUGCAAUUUGCUAAGCUGCAGCAGCUGCAUCGGCAAAUCGGGAAGGUUAAUAGGGAUGAUAUGUACCGAAAUCCAACACACACACACACACACACACACAUACAAACAAACAUAUACAUACAUACGCAUACGUUUAAGUAAGAAAAUGGUGAAAAGAAACAAAAAAAAAGAA